GGAGAGUUAAUAUUGAUCAGAUCUAUACAGGAUUUUGCUGCAUAUUUCGUGUUGUUGUUGAUGUUAUUUUAUUUCUCUUACUAGAUUUAAGUUGAGACUGUGUUAACACGUGAUUAGUACUCGGCAAUAUCUGUUUGAGCUAAUUACGGACUUUAUAAAUUAGUGUUGUGAAAUAACCAGUCACGAGGUCGACGGUUUUUAACAACACAGAUAAACAGAUAAAUUGGCAUACAGACGAUGUUUACAUUGUUGACUAUCGGGUUUAUUUUCGGUUUGGUGGGCAAUGUUGUAAAUGGAGACGUUUGCGGACUCAGAAAUUGUAAAGCCGGACAGGUGUGUGAGUCAGAUGUAGACGGCGGAACGUGCUAUAAUAGAAGUGCGAGAGAGGAUUGUAGCGAUGGCAUCUCUUACUGCUACAAACCACGACAAUGUUGUGGGGUAAGCACGUGUUGCCCGGCGAAUUCAGAAUGCUGUGGGUUUAACACUUGUUGCCCGAAGAAUUCCGUGUGCUGUAGUCCAAAUUACUGCUGUGAACAUGGCACCACGUGUUGUGGAUUCGAAACGUGUUGCGCAAGCGGCUCAGUCUGCGAAGGCGGAGUGUGUAAAUCCAAAAGUGGCCCGUUCAGAUGGUGGUACAUAUUUUUCUUUCUGGCACCUACGUUUGCCAUAAUAGGGGUCAUCAUUAGAAGGAGACGUAGGGCUGCAAUGCUUAGAGCUGCAGGUGUUAAUACUGGCGUUAUUGUAACUGUGCCUGUACAAACCAGGGAACAGUACGGGUAUGACCAGGGACCUAUCAACUACAGCAUGCAACCGGAAGUUGGUGUCCCACCUUAUACGCCCAAGUCAACAACCAGUCCAAGUUGUCCGCCACCACCGUACAGUGAUGCGGCCCCUCAACAUGCUUGAAUACACAACUCGGAAACGAGCAUUUCUUUCGCGUUCAAUCCUUCUGAAUCAGUCAAAAAAUUACAUAAAGGAUUUUUACUU